GAGCAGCAGUUCCCAGUGCAGCUCUUCCUGGGAACUUUGGAACAGCCCAGGGUGGAAAGCCUGAGCUGACUGCUCUCCAGGMAAAAUGAACAUUCAGGAGUAUUUUGGAAGAAUAUCCUACAACAAGCCCCACAAGGRUGCAGACUUGCAGACCUUGACAGCCAUCUUCCAGCAUCACAUCCAGACCAUUCCUUUUGAGAACCUCAGCAUGCAUUGCGGGGAGGCCAUCGAGCUGGACUUGCAAGCUACUUACAACAAGAUUGUGAGAAAGAAACGUGGUGGAUGGUGCAUGGAAAUCAACCACCUCCUCUUUUGGGCCUUGCAAGAAUUAGGGUUUGACGUGUGCAUUCUGGGUGCACACAGCUAUGAUCCAGCAGAGAAGGGAUACACUGCUCAGAUAAACCACAUCCUCCUGAAGGUGGUGAUGGAGGGAGAUUCCUACAUCGUGGAUGCUGGGUUUGGUGGUGCCUACCAGGCGUGGCAGCCACUGCUGCUGGUUUCUGGGAAGGACCAGCCCCAGGGCCCCGGCAUUUUCCGCUUCACGGAAGACAGCGGCACCUGGUACUUUGAGAAAGUGAAAAGGAAGCAUUACAUUCCUGAGCAAAGGGAUAUUGAUAUCCCUGAUACCCCAGGGAACAUCAGGAAAAUAUACAGAUUCACUCUSGAGCCGCGGCACAUAGAUGACUUCCAGGAGCUCAACGCGUACCUCCAAGUGUCUCCGGAUAACAUCCUGCGGAAGAAAUCCAUCUGCACUCUCCAGACCAGCAGUGGGCUCCUUGCCUURGUUGGAUGGACCUUGACUGAGAUGAAGUACAGCUACAAGGAGGACACGGACCUGCUGAACAUCACGACUCUGACAGAUGAAGAGGUUGAGAAGACGCUGAAAGAUAAAUUCAGUAUAGUCCUGGAGAACAAACUUGUACCAGUAAAUGUUCGUGGCUUGCCACCCAACAUAGUGGAUCAGAUCUAA